AUGGCCGAGACCUACUACAAGAAUUCGAGCCCAAAAACCUGGGAGGAAACCGAUAUCGAUAUCAAGAUCAGUCACUGUGGUAUCUGUGGUUCGGACCUGCACACGCUGCGCAGUGGCUGGAGACCCACUCUCUACCCAUGCUGUGUUGGUCACGAGGUUGUCGGCACAGCAGUUCGUGUGGGAUCCAAGGUGACCAACGGCAUCAAAAUCGGUGAUCGGGGUGAUUGUGAGGAAUGUGCCAUGGGCUUGGAGAAGUAUUGCUCCAAGAAGUUGACUGGUACCUACAACAGCACUCACCAGAAUGGCGACAAGUCCUACGGUGGUUAUGCGUUGUAUAACCGUGUCCUCGCACAUUUCGCCAUCAAGAUUCCUGAUGGGAUUUCCUCGGCUGCAGCUGUGCCUAUGCUGUGCAGUGGUGUGACGCUGUACAGCCCGUUGAAGCAUAAUGGGUGUGGUCCUGGCAAGCGUGUUGGUAUCAUUGGUGUUGGCGGCCUUGGUCACUUUGGCGUGAUGUUUGCCAAGUCUAUGGGCGCUGACAAGGUUGUUGCAAUUUCUCGCAAGACUGCUAAGAGCGAGGAUGCGAUCAAGAUGGGCGCGGAUCUGUACAUUGCUACCAAGGAUGAGCCGGAUUGGGCGACUAAGCAUGCCCGGUCUUUGGAUUUGAUUGUGUGCACUGUUUCUUCUACCAAGAUGCCCAUGAACGAUUACUUGGGCCUUUUGCGCACAGAUGGCAGUCUGGUCCAGGUCGGCCUACCCGAGGACGGCACUCUCUACACUCCCGUUCGUACCCUCAUGCGUCGCCUGAAGAUUGAGAGCUCGCUGGUUGGCAGCCCCAACGAGAGCCGUGAGAUCUUCCAGCUGGUCGCUGAGAAGAACAUCCAACCAUGGAUCGAGGAGAUCCCCAUGAAGGAUCCUAACAAGACCAUUGUGAAUAUGGAGGAGGGCAAGGCGCGCUCCCGCUACGUGCUGGUCAACGAGUAA